AUGAGCGCCCCGAAGUCAGAGUACCUGUGUAAGGUGCUGGUUCUGGGGGACCUCGGGGUGGGGAAGACGUCGAUCGUCCAGCGCUACGUCCACAACAUCUACUCCCAGUGCUACCGGGCCACCAUCGGGGUGGACUUCGCUCUGAAGAUGGUGACCUGGGACAAGGACACCAUGGUGAGACUACAGCUGUGGGACAUCGCCGGUCAGGAGCGGUUCGGUCACAUGACCCGGUUAUAUUACCGCCAGGCGGCCGGGGCGUUGGUGGUCUGCGAUUUGGGCCGGGCCGCCACCCUGCAAUCCGUCCAUCGAUGGAAGGAAGAUUUGGACUCCAAGGUGUCCCUGAAGAACGGGAACCCGAUCCCCACCCUCCUGAUCGGAAACAAGUGCGACCUGAUCCCUUAUGGGGGCCACAGCCAACAGCUGGAGGAGCUGGGCCAGCAACUUGGAUUUACAGAUUGUCACAUGACCUCUGCUAAGGUAACCACUGUCUAUAUGAUUGGGGGAGGGGGGAGCAGUGCUAGGGGGCGGGGACACAAUUCUGCACUAUACCCCUCCCCCUCUUAA